UUUACGGAAGAGCAACUGGUGAAAGUGUACACUUUGAUGGAUGAGGAAGGGAAAAUAUUUUAUUAAAGAAAGUCACAGUUUUCGCCGUUAGAACUUCGUUUUGCUAAUAAAGAUUCAACAUGCCUUUAUUUACCCAAAACCCAUUUGACCAAGAUGUCGAGAAAGCAACCAAUGAAACCAACACAACAGAUGACUGGGGCCUCAUUAUGGAUAUCUGCGACAGGAUUGGAACAACACCCAAUGGAGCAAAGGACUGCCUCAGAUCCAUCAUGAAAAGAGUCAAUCACAAGGUCCCACAUGUGGCCAUGCAGGCUCUCACUUUGCUAGGAGCCGGUGUCGCUAAUGCUGGAAGAAUCUUUCACCUAGAGAUCUGUUCCCGAGAGUUUGCCAGUGAAGUGCGGGCGGUCCUGGGCAGGGCUCACAACAAGGUGUGCGACAAGCUGAAGGCCUUAAUGAUGGAAUGGGCGGAGAGUUUCCAGAAGGAUCCACAGCUCAGUCUCAUCAGCGCCACCAUUAAGUCUCUAAAAGAGGAUGGGGUGAGCUUUCCCUCAGGCUCCCAGGGGUCUAGCUUGAAGGUCAGCACACCUGCAGUGAGCAAAGCCUCUGAUGACGACGACCUGGCCAAAGCCAUCGAGCUGUCCCUGCAGGAGCAGAAGGUUGAGACCCGCCCCCUCAUGGUGACCUCUGACCCCCCCUUUAACACUAACGGGGGCAAGGACUCCAGGAAGGUGCGUGCCCUCUAUGACUUUGAGGCGGCGGAGGACAACGAGCUGACCUUCAAGACUGGGGAGCUGAUCCUUGUCCUCGACGACAGUGAUCCAAACUGGUGGAAAGGAGAGAACCACAGGGGAAUAGGUCUCUUUCCGUCCAACUUCGUCACUACAAACCUGAAUGACGAACCUGAAGCGGUGGCAUAUGUGGAGAAGACGGAGAUUCCCGAAGAACCCUGUAUAGAACCCAGAGUGGAACCGGAGCCUGUCUUCAUAGACGAGGAGAAGAUGGACAAAACACUGUUCCUGCUUCAGAACAAGGAUCCCGCUGAUGCAGCUCUGGACGACUCCGAGCUGGUCCAGCUGGAGGGUGCCUGUGAGCAGAUGAACCCCAUGAUUGACGAGAAACUAGAAGAGAUUGACAGGCAACACUCCGAGUUGUCAGAGCUCAACGUGAAGGUGCUGGAGGCCUUGGAACUCUAUAACAAGCUGAUGAACGAGGCUCCGUUCUACACGGCCUACUCUAAGAUGCAGCCCCCGGCUCAAUACCCACCUGCCUCAGCUGCAGCCAUGCCGGGUUAUCCCGGCCAGCCAGGAGGUGCCUACAUGCCCCCAGGGAUGUCCCAGGGCCCCCCAGCCCAGACCUACAUGGCAUCUGACCAGCCAGGACCCCUUCACUCUCUCCCACCCAACAGUCAACCAGCGCAGUACGUCAGUGGCAUGAAUGGGCCCUACAUGAGCCAAGCUCCCAGUGCCGCAUACCCUCCCCAAAUGGGGGUGGCCAUGGACAUGUCAGCCUAUCAGAAUGCUAACUCCAGCAUGCCUCCGGGCCCGUAUCCAAUGGCGGCGCCCUCCCACCCAGCCCCCCAGCCUCAGCAGGCUGCCUACUAUCAGCAGCCCCUCCUGUAAGGCCCGUGUCUGUGUAGGGAUUCCCACCUUCAGACUUAACGCAACACCGCAGAACCAACCGUGCACCUGAUUGUCCCCUACCCUCCUUUCUCGUCCUGAUUGAGAAAAUGAUGCGUACGUACGACGAUCAUCAGAGAAGUCAGCGCAGAGGCCACUGUAAAGGAAGUGAUGUCGCCGUCGACCGGCGGGCGACCCACAGAACAAUACGGCGCAUUUUUGAAGGGAUGACCAAUUUGCAUCUCAAAUUGUUGGAAUGUUGGAAAUGCAAACUGUACAUACACACUUCUCCUGACCUACUUAUUGUGUCUGAUACACAUACAUCAGUUACUACAAGAUUUUUGUUUUUAAUCAGUCUUUUAUUUUAAAUGUUUGUUUUGUUGAUUUAACCUGUCUUUCUUGUAGAUCUAUGAAGGGGGUUGUGGUUGGACAGUGUUUCCUCUUAUGUCCCUCUCACCAGCAUCAACCAUUCUAGAUUGCACCACUCUGGGUCAAACGUCAUGAAGUGCAACACAUUACAUAGCCACUGUAUAUGGUAUCUGGUACAAUAACAAUUUCUUCAGAACAUGUUCAGUUUCUAAAAUGAGCUUCCCAUUCACUGCCUUGAUGCACUCUGGGGCGUUAGUAAAGACAGACUUGAUAGAGAGGUAGAUGGAGUAAUUGUUGUGAGUGUGUGUGUGUGUGUGUUAAGAUAUGUUGAUUGAGUUGUGAUCGUACUUGCUGCAUUGGAGGUUGAGAUUAUUAUUUGUACACAAAUCAAAAGUUUGUAUAGAAUUUGUAGAUGGAAGAAAGCAUUAUGGCUUCUGAUAAAGAACAGGUUUUGCCAUGGCUUUUGUCGAUGUAGAAGGAGCCCAGACAGACCGCAAACCUUUUGAGGGGCUUAUUGGAAAAGGGUUUCUAUUCUAUGCCUCCGCUUUUGUUUGUAUAAUAAUUAUAGUUUAUUCAUGUCGGUCGGUUUGUCUAGUGGGGCAUCAUGUUUCUAUAAAGACCCUAUUCUCAACAUCAGUUGGAGAUUGCUUCACUCAAGACAUCUUUUGAUAUGCAAUGCAACACAUUUCUACAUUGCAUGGCUAUUUGCAUUUUUUCGUUUUAAAAUAGAUAAUUGCAAUGCUUGUGUAUUUCUAUUUUAUUUGGUAUAUUGUGUACCCAGGUGAAAUAAUUUUAUGGUUUAUGAAUGUAAGAUUGUAGUAACUUACUUCCCUUAUUUUUUGACUUAAUUUUAUAAGAAAAUUCAAAUAGAAUUGGUUUUCAUACACAUCAUGACCAACUUUAGUGAACUGGCCAUUCAAACUGUAGUCUUAACAUAAGAGAUACAGUAUUUGGCCAGUGGUCAGUUUGCCCUGGAAUAUUUCUGUGGGUUCAAAUUGAGGACCACAUUUCUCAUCUGACAUUUGCUUUUCUUCCUUGCUAGAUAGUAAAAUAUGAUUCAGAGCUCUACACUUUAUUUUCUUUACUUGCCUCAUUAAAAGGUAUUGUAUAUUAGAUGUAAAAUAUCUGGUUUUGUCAGCAUUGCACCUUAACUUUGUAAACAGUUAUGUACCACUGGAUGCCUUGUUUUCUGUAGAAAUCGUAAUUAAAAAUACUGAAACAACUUUAGGAAAGGAAUUCACCCUGGAAGCUGCUGUAUAUCUUUAUAUUUAAAAAGAUUCCAGGGAAAGUUCCUAUCAACUGGCAUAAUAUUCCCAUGUUUUGUAUCAGGUUUCUUCCUUAUCUUGUGUUAUCAUUUUAAAUACCCUUUUGUAACACAGUGAACUCUAAUAUUCAUUGAAAUAAAAUUGACCUGUGUUCAAAAUCA